AAAUAAGUUAUGUGGAGGUCACGUGGAAACAGUCAGUUGGGAGGCAAAUCAAAGGGCAAAAAUCGCGUUCGGUUAAAUGUCCGAGAGUGGAUACGGUUCCCGAGGGGAGUACGUAGCAAACCACGUCCCUAACGACGCACACCGUGUGCAGCGACUCCAAGAUGGCACCAUCGAAAUCGUCGAUAAUCUGCCGAAACAAGAGUAUUAUCGAAGUCUUCGUCGACCCAUGGCUUCCGAAUCUGUUGACAAUGGACUUGCUGCCACCGGAUUGGCCAGCCAACUGAGCUUGGAUAUCGCUCAAUCUGGGGGAACUCUCCUAUCGGGUUUGGGUAAAAAGAAUGCCACCGUGUUGGAUUACAAACCCUCGGGACAUGAGGAACUCUGUCAUGUGCUGAUGCUCGAAGGAGUAGAGAAGACAUUCAGUAUUGACCGGAAUGCCUAUGGGAUCCAUUUGUUUGAAAAAGUGUGCAGGGAACUGGACCUGCGAGAAACCGAAUAUUUUGGAAUGACGUACCGAGGUGCUCCGAGAACAGACUAUUGGUUGAAAAUGAACAAGCGUUUGUCAAAGCAAUUGGAAAAAAAACCAUGGAAGCUGGAGUUCCACAUCCGGCACUAUCCAUUGGACAUUGACGAACUAAAGGAUGAUCUGACACGGUACUGUCUCUGUCUACAAAUUCGGCAGGACAUCAUAUCUGGACAAUUACCGUGCUCCUUCCAGGUCUACGUCAUUUUGGGUGCUUAUGCGGUGCAGUCAGAAGCUGGAGACUAUGAUCCGGACAACCACGUGGGAAUUGAAUACAUUUCUAACAUACCAUUCGCCCCUCAAUCCCUACAAACCUCACAGAUGCUGCAACGGAUAACUGAAUUGCAUAAAUUGCACAAGGGUCACACACCGGUUCAAGCUGACAGAGGUUUUCUGGAGAAUGCCCGGAGGCUGGCACUCUAUGGAGUAGAAUUCCACAACGCAAAAACUCCCCUUGAUGAAGACGUAUCCAUCGGCGUGUACCACAGCGGGAUCCUCGUCUACCGUGGUCGCAUACGUAUUGGACGAUUUCUGUGGCCCCAACUGGUUCAACUGUCCCACAAGUCAAGAACGUUUAGCAUGUGCACCCGUGCAGUGAAUAUCAGUCCCAAGAUCCGUGCUGCAUUCCUUCUGAAGAAUAACGGGUCUACGUCCGGCUCCGGUCUUUUAAGUGCCAAACGCAAGUCCGCUGGUUCAAAGGAUCAGCAAGAUUUGCACCAAGUGUGUACAUUGAAUUUCCAAUUUGCCGAACCUCGCUUGGCCAAACGACUUUGGGAGUCUUGCACUUCGCAACAUGCCUUCUUCAGACUCCGAGAACCUCCUGGACCUCGAAGACCAAAUCUGACCUCCGCGUUUAAUACAAGAAAGUAUCAUUAUUCAGACAAAGGGCUCACCGGAUCGCAGACUAUGUUUCCUCCCAACGACUGGCCUACCGGACGUCCGCAACCUGCAAUCCAACGUGUUCCAACCCAGCGGAAACCAGCUCACUAUGCAUCUUCAGGCGUUGCUCCUGUGGUUUCUAACGCGGAUCCCGAUCAGUUCUACAUCAUACCUGGGUCCCCGGCUCCUUUGCCAGCGGACUCCGUCGAUGUCACUUUGCUACAAAGCAUGCCUCCAGCCUAUCGGAAACCUGGGCCGAUUCGCGCCCCGUUGGCGCAGGAGUACUGGCGAAUGUCCCCUGCGGACUGCACACCUUGCCUAGGGAUGAAUAUUGACGGAACCGAUGUGGCCGCCAUGGCUGACACCGAUUGGCAGGGCUGUCGAACCAACCGGGGAUUAAAGUGGCCAGGCGCCUAUUUCUACGAGGUUGUCGUGAUGGAGGAGGGCGCGUUGCGGCUCGGUUGGUCAACCAACGAUGCGAGUCUCCUUCUCGGCACCGAUUCCAAGGGAUUCGGGUACGGAGUCAAUGAAAUCGGUUGUUCCACCACUCUCGGAUCAGCUGGCCUUUUGUAUCAAGACAAAAGGAUUCAAGAGUAUGGCUGUCACGUGGUUCCUGGUGACGUAAUCGGUUGCUAUCUGGAGCUGAAUGCUGGGACCGGACAGUUUUCCGCCCAAUGGAGUCACAAUGGGCGGAUGUUCGGCCCGGCUCCGCUGCCUAAUCCCUACGCCAUUUCCCCUGAUGAGCCCUUGUUUCCAGCUGCUUCUCUAAAAGAUGCUCGUAUCGUGUUCAACUUUGGCUACAAACCCUUCCGAUUCCCGCCCAAACAACCGUCCAGCACUGGAGAACCGUGGAUUCCCGUGUCAGACACACCAGAUGCGCUCCGAGUGCCCAAUCUUAACGUUGGGUGGCGCGUCAAUCCUGCCGAUGUGAGUUCCAAGACUAAUUUACUGAUCUCACCAAACGGUCGGAUGGUUCAGGCGCUAGCCAAUACCGGUUGGCAAGGGUUCCGCGUGAAUAAGGGUAUCUUUGGCGGAGGCAAGUAUUACUACGAGGUAAAGGUUGUAGAGGACUCCGGAUUGGCUCGUGUUGGCUGGUCUUCCGAUGGUGCAAGCUUGGACUUGGGCACAGACUGCUUCGGAUACGGCUUCGGUGCCGAUCGAGACGGUUUUGGCAUCACGGGGACCCAAGGCAAAAAGCUUCACGCUGACAUGAUUGAAAAUUAUGGCGAAGCAUUCGGCAAAGAUGACGUGAUUGGAUGUUUUCUCGAUUUGGACACCGGCGUGAUUCAAUGGUCGAAAAAUGGCCGUCUCUUCGGAAAUGCAUACUGGCUUCCGGAAAAAGUGUUGAGGCGAGCAGAUCCCAUUUUUCCCGCCGCAUCACUCGUCGAUACCACUCUUGAAUUGAACUACGGAGAUUUACCGUUCGAGUAUCCACCAGAGGGGGAUUGGCUCCCAAUGUUUGCAGCUCCUGAUGAAAGUGUAACCGAGUCAGCUUCCUGGCAAAAUCAGAGAGCAGUGGAACGACAAGAACGUGACAUCCACAAGUCACAUUUUCGCUUGGAACGUCCAGAAGUGAGACCUACUCCACCGCUCCGCUCAAGCUCACGUCUUGGUGAGGAUGGAGAACCUCUACAGAUCAUUGUAGCCGACACCGGUAUCGAAUCUCCCACACCACCAGACGAGGAUGAAGUACACACAUUCACUGAGGCUGAAUCGGAGGAGGCGGGAAGCGAUUCGCUGCUUGGAGGACUUCGGAACCCAAUGCGUAAACUCACGUCGGUUCAAUACGCAGCAACAGAGCGUCGCGAGAAUGAGAUUACUACUACGCAAAACGGAAUUACAGCAUGUGAAGAAGCCGAUCGAGCGCUGAACGCAGCCAUUUUUGAGACAACUCGCUUCAACCCACACAUCUCCGUUCUGACUGAUUCUAUUGGACUCACGCUAAAGAGUAACGGCCACCUUUGACACCUGGGCGUAUCACAUCGCCCGCUGCAGUAUCCCAGAUGUAUUUGCGAAAAAGGUGCACCAUUUCUGUUUGAUUCAACCAUCACGUGUGCUUCCUGCAACUUUUUGUACUCGUGAUAAACUUCCCUGACCACAUAUUCACCACCACAAGACUGACAGAAAAACUACUUUUUUCGCGCCCUUUCUCACUAACUUUGUCUCCUGUUCAAUUUAUUUAAUAUGGGUCAAAUCCCUACAAACUCCAUCAUCCGGUCCUAUGCCUCCCGGCGGAUUUUUGUUUACACACGCGAACCCCAAAUGGUCGUACGAAUUGCACCUGUUUAAUUACUCUUCCACACAAACAGAUCGGUGUGUAAAACACACUUCCGUUUUUCCGCCACUUUGCGUUCAUCCGCCAACAUCAUCUCCGGCUUUUGCGGUUUUGUAUAGCGUGAUUAUCGAUUCGAAUUAUGGCACGUCGCACAACCGACUAUUUUUCGCAGCUUUCCUUCCAUUGCUUAUCCAUACAAUUGCUACACCCAAGCAGACGAUCGUGUUCAUCUCAUCCCCUUCUUUAAAUGAUUUUCAUCCAAGUUGUUACCUGAGCUUCCAUGCGUAUUCUGCUCCCCAUCGUAUUUAUCCUGAUUUUUUCCGAUUAUCAUUCUGUUCUAUUUGAUUUAUGAGCACAAAACUUUAUCGGCAGAUUUUGUCAGAUGGAAUUAGAAUAGAGGCAAACACCACUGCAUCGAGCCCUGUCAGUCGGACACACUGACCUAGUACGGCGGCAACCUUGACAGUUCACAUGUUGUAGAAGCCGCUACGUUCCACUCAAGAACCUGUGUAUGCAAAUCUCUCUUUUCUUGGCCACUCAAAGCUCGUUAGUACAAUAUGUCGGGCCAUAGCCCAGUUGCAG